AUGGCACGGAAUGGGAUGGUGAAUGGAGACGGCGGCAGCAGACAUGAAGUAAAUCCUGCGACGACCCAAGUCAAUGGCCAUACAACCAAUGGAAACUACAGCAGUGAGGACUACUUUACCAGGACAAAGACCUCACCACAACGUAAUGGUACCCGGCCGGGAGACCUGAGUCUGACAGAUCGUUACACAGGCGAGCGCUUCCGUUACUUUUCACCCGUUUCUGGUGGUGCCGAUCGACCUUUAAUUCACCCUACCGAAUACGAAGGAAAUGGUCCUCGAAGACCUUCCGGUCCGUCUCGAACAAGGAGUGAUGCUGGUCCACAAGACCGAAUAGGUGCCAGGGUAGAGCAAGAGCAUGAUUCGCAAUCGCAAAUGCACCUUCGUCAUGGCUGGGACAACGAUUAUGCUUCCUCUGAAUUUCUGGCUAAUCUCCAGGCAAACUUCUACAUGUACUAUACUGACAAGCGUCAUGACAACAAUGGCACUCAGUCGAACGAAGCCUCCCUGUAUCCGAGCAAGGAUUGGCGUAUGAAAGACCGUAUGAAGACUGUUAGUGCUGCUCUGGCUAUAUGUCUCAAUAUCGGAGUCGAUCCCCCGGACGUGAUCAAGACCAAUCCAACCGCAAAACUCGAAGCAUGGACAGAUCCCACUGCAAAUCUGGGCGGUAGUAAAGUUAUGGAGCAGAUUGGGAAAAGAUUGCAAGAGCAGUAUGAAAGUCUGAGCCUUCGGACACGGUACAAACAAUACCUGGAUCCCAGCAUAGAAGAGACUAAGAGGUUCUGUGUGUCGCUACGCAAGAACGCAAAAGAUGAGCGCGUUCUGUUUCACUACAACGGUCACGGUGUGCCACUCCCAACAGCCUCUGGCGAGUUGUGGGUUUUCAAUAAAAACUACACGCAAUACAUCCCUGUUGGCAUCUACGACCUCCAAAGCUGGCUAGCUGGUCCAAGUCUGUAUGUUUACGAUGUCAGCCAUGCUGGCAAUAUUCUUCACAACUUUGACACCAUGAUCGAGAAGCAUCAGAAGGACAAUGAUGAACUCCGAGAGCGCGACCCCAACGCACUAAUUCAGAAUUAUGGUGACUGCAUACAGCUUGCCGCAUGUGAACGAAACGAAAUGCUACCGACGAAUCCCGAUCUGCCGGCCGAUCUAUUCACCUGUUGUCUCACCACUCCAAUCGACAUAGCUCUAAGAUGGUUCGUCCUACAAAACCCUUUGGACUGUCCCAUCACGGUCGAAGAUACCAAGAUUCCCGUUCCUGGUCGCCUACAAGAUCGACGAAGUCCCCUGGGAGAACUCAACUGGAUUUUUACCGCCAUCACAGACACUAUUGCAUGGAACAUAUUGCCUCGCCAUCUGUUCAAGAAGCUCUUUCGCCAAGAUCUUAUGGUGGCUGCACUAUUCAGAAAUUUCUUGCUUGCGGAGAGAAUAAUGAGAGCCAAUCAUUGCCAUCCGAUUUCCUCCCCCAAACUUCCCGAGACACAUCGUCAUGCCCUCUGGCAGAGUUGGGAUCUUGCCCUAGAAAUGGUUGUUCGACAGAUGCCUAUGCUUAUCAAACAUGAACGAAACGAAAUCCAGUACGAAUAUCAACACUCCGACUUCUUUGCUCAGCAGCUCACAGCUUUCGAAGUCUACCUUAACUCAGGACCAACAGAAGAACGUGCCCCUGAUCAACUGCCAAUUGUCCUGCAGGUGCUUCUUAGUCAGGUGCAUCGGCUACGAGCCCUGAUAUUGCUCAGCAAGUUUCUCGAUCUUGGUCCGUGGGCAGUGCAUCUCGCAUUGAGCAUCGGAAUUUUUCCUUAUGUGGUGAAGCUGCUACAAGCUGCAUCCAUCGAACUCAAGCCAGUCAUGGUCUUUAUCUGGGCGAGAAUUAUGGCUGUCGACUAUACUGUGCAAAGUGAUCUAAUGAAGGACAAUGGUGUACAAUAUUUCAUCAGCAUAAUGAGCCCUAAUAGCGACAUUCCGGUCGGAAACGCUAGCGAGCAUCGCGCCAUGUGUGCUUUCAUUAUUGCAACUUUCUGCAAGAACUAUCCACAUGGACAGACCGUCUGUCUGACAAGCGAGCUGAUGAACUCCUGUAUCAUGAAUAUGGCUGAGCCCGAGAAUCCGCUGCUCAGACAGUGGUCAUGCUUAUGUUUGAGUAUGCUCUGGCAUGACUACAGUGAAGCUAAGUGGGCCGGUAUCAGGAUAGGUGCACAUAUGAGGUUGACUGACCUCGUUUUUGACCCUGUACCUGAAGUUAGAGCAAGCAUGUGUCAUGCACUGACCAACUUCCUAGGUGUGCCGGAUCUGACCGAUCAAAUUGAGCAGAUUGAGGAGGGCAUUGCACAUGAGAUGUUACUUCUCACUAAUGAUGGAAGUGCUCUUGUAAGGAAAGAGCUUGUAAUAUUUUGGUCAGCCUUCAUGAAGAGGUAUGAGAACAAAUUUGUCAUUGCAGCUUACGAACAGUUACUUGAGGAGAAGGAUAGACAUCCUGAUAGUGGCUUAAGUGACGGCCUCAGUGGUGUGACCAUAGCCGGCAGUUAUUCUGCGAACACUGUCUAUGGAUCAGCGUGGUCUCACAUCCUUAUGCUGUCUGUCGAUCCACAUCAGGAGGUAGCAUGGCUAGCAUCAGCAGUUGUCGAUUACAUUCAUGAUGUGAUGCUUACCUCACCGAUGGCUGAUCUUGCUUUACAUGUGGUCAACGACCUGCUUAAAUCGUCGAAAAAGUCAGCGGCUUCAAUCAAGAAGGUGCCGUCUGUUGAAUCACUCAAGUCUGCUGUCUCGAGCCGACCGAGCACACCGCCUGCAGAAUUGAGGAAAAAUGAAAGCUACCUUUCUCUAAGCAUCAAACGUACCGCAAGCUCCCUCAGAACCCUGGUUGGUGGCGGGCCUAGUCAGACCACUCUAGUCGAGAAGGACACAUUUUCAAACCCCAAGCAAUAUCCUGCCAAUACACCACGAGGUCGAUUGCCAGCAGAGUGGUCUAGGCCACCAGAUUCAAUGCAGCCACAAAUAGGUCAUUACCACCAAGCGCCCUUUCCAAAGACCGCAGGCUUCAAUCGCAAAGGUGUUGACUUGGAACAACAGCCCUCGCUGCCUCUCGAAAGUACGCUACUGCAAUGGUCAACAGAAUACUUUCGCGAACCACAGAUGCGUCCGAACGACCCAGACGAGCCAGGCUCUGCUGACUACAAUCAACGUCUCUGGCGAAGAACUCGAAACGAGCGUAUCAUAGCGGACAAUCAGCCUCUCAAAUCGCGAGCUGCAUCCUCGAAGUGGACGCGCUUAGAAGCGUUUAUCAACAACGGAACUCAACCGACUAGAAUGACCUUCCACCAGUUCGAUAGUCAUCUUGUAGUCGCUGAUGACAAGGACACCAUCACUGUCUGGGAUUUUCAAUCCAACUCUCAAUUGUCUCGUUUCUCGAAUGGCAAUCCAGAAGGUACAAGAAUCAGCGAUGCGAAAUUCAUGAAUGAAGAUGACCAGCCUCUGCUCCUCGUUGGCUCUUCUGAUGGCGUCCUGAAGGUCUACAGAAAUUACGCGAAUGGUAACGAGACGAAGUGCGUGACUGCGUUCCGUGCACUCAAUGAGCUGAUACCUAGCACUAAAAAUGCCGGGUUAGUCUUUGAUUGGCAGCAAGGCCAGGGCAAGAUACUGACGGCAGGCGAUCUGCGCACGAUCAAAGUAUGGAAUGCUGCUACAGAACUUUGUGUGGGCGACAUACCUGCUCGCACUUCGUCAUGUGUUACCAGUUUGACCUCCGACCAGCUAGCAGGCCAGAUCUUUGUCGCUGGCUACGGUGACGGUAUGGUCAGGGUGUUUGACCAGCGACUCAAUCCUCGAACAGCAAUGGUGAAGGCUUGGAGAGAACACCAGCAGUGGGUCACUGGUGUCCACAUGCAAAGAGGCGGUGUUCGAGAACUCAUUUCUGGGUCGCGCAACGGCGAAGUCAAACUGUGGGAUAUUAGGUUAGACGACGCAAUCAUGUCCAUUAAUGCUACUGGUGGCGCUACAGCAGGCACAUAUCACCGCAGUUCGCAACACCCCGAUGGUGGAUACUAUGACCACGCUCAUUCACGAGUGCCAACACUACGUUCGCUUUCUCUUCACGAGCAUGCACCUGUGUUCGCAGUCGGCACUGAUCAACAUCAAGUUCGCACAUUCAACACCAAUGGUGAUGCGCAGGGUAUCUUCGAGCCAUUAUCUUCAGGUGUGUGGUCAAAGGCGACCAGUUCAGCAGCCAGCGCGGCCUCGGCAGUAGUUGGUGGCUACAGAAGAAAUGCUAUUGUGGCAACAGCGUAUCAUCCUCAUAAGAUGCUGCUCGCAGUUGCUAGUGGUGGAGAUGGUCACGUUAGUCUAGUUGGCUAUUAG